AUGCCGCCUAAGAAAGUCGCCACCUCGAAAACGUCUUCAAAACCUACAUCCUCAAAAGGCACCACUGCUAAAAGCCCGGAGAAGAAAGCAGAUAGCCAAAAAAGAUGGCCGCUGGUGAUCGAUCUCCAGGGAAACGUGUCCACCUUCUUCAAAUACCGCGAUGCCAACGUCCUGCAGGCUGAGCUUCCUGGUGACCUGAGUGUGGACAAACUGAGGGUGGCGCUCAUAGGUGCACUCAGGUUCGGCAAGCCACUGGUGCUGGACAUGGGGUCACGUGACAUGGGGGAGGUGGAGAAGCUCAAUGAUGUCGAGACGAACUUGCUGGAUUCCCUUCUGGACAAGACUCUCCUGGAGGAUGAAAGGUAUCUGACCCUUGUCCAGCCCGAGGACGAGAAGGAGUACCACAACUCCGCCUACUACGCCACGGAGAGGUUCAGCCUCGUUGUCGUCACCACCAACCCCAGCCCAAACACCCACAUCGCCUCGAGGAUGACCUGCUUCCAGGUCGAGUGAGGUCAACACGGACAAGGGGGGGGGGGGGGCGACUGAAAGACCUCAGGAGGGACAGGGACAGGACCGAUAGCAGUGUGACCGAGGACAGAUAGCAGUACAUCUGAGGGGUGGCAGAUCAAAUUGUGCGAAUAUGCUCUAUGCGUUAUUUUCUACCUAUCCCCCCAAUCUACCGCUCUAAGCUUUAUACUUGAUCGGAUUCAAGUAUUUGUACCUGCUAAACGAAGCAAUCCCGUAUACAGCACUGAGAUGAAUGAGUGAGAGUGAGUUUGGUUUUACGCCGCUUUAAGCAAUAGUCCAGCAAUCUGCACUGAGAUGACGUCACCACUAAGGUGCAUUACUCGUAUUCAGUGAUGUCGGAUACAACGUUCGUAUUUUAAGGACUUUAAAAUAUUUACAGGUGAGGUUGUGAUAAAUAAUAGUUCGUAAACAGUGUGGUAACGAUAUACAAUAUUGUUUUUCAACAAUAUUCAGAGAUUUCGGCAAACAGAGCUUUGCCAGGUUGUGUACAUUAUUUCUGCAUUUGUGUAUUAAUAAAGACAUGGUUUUA